AUGAAGCUUACUACCAUUGUUCCAUCGUUUCUACUAGCCACACUAGGUUUGUCCCAGACCACACCUGCUGGCUUUUCACCUGCUACAAACGUGACACUGGACCUGUACUAUGGCACAGCCUACAUCAGCCCCGGCCUCAUCGUCAGGAAAUCCAUAACCCAAUCCGCCCCAAAAAUCGGUCUCACAAACACAACACUCACAGGGAAAUACCUCCUCGCCAUGAUCGACAUCGACGGCUCCCAAAACGCGCGCCAAACAACCGUUCUUCACGCCCUCCUCUCUGACUUCACACCAUCCGGUACAACUCUCAACACCACGACCCUACUCACCACCAAAUCCACCUCGCCAUCCUCAUACUUUGGCCCUGCGCCACCGGCCGGCAGCCCACCAACACACCGCUACGUGUUUCUACUGCAUGAACAGCCUGCAGGAUUUGCGGUGCCAGCGGCGCAUAAGCAAGCUGUGAGUAGUCGGUUUGGAAUCGAUUGGGUUGCGUUUAUGAAGGAUGCGGGGUUGGGGGCACCGGUGGCGGGGAAUUGGUUGCAGGUUAAGAGUGGGGAUAAUACAAAGAGAAGGGUGUGA